AUGCCACAGACGUUGAUUUCCUCUUCUUCCCAUGUGGCAGUGGCGGCUGCACGACCAGAGCAACAGGUGAGGCGUGAAGACAGAUACAAUGAAGAGGAUGUGAUGCAGCAAGGGGAAGAGCAGUGUCAUGUGGGGACAAUGGACAGCAUUGAAAUCGACUUUUUCACAGACGAUUAUGCCAAUGCCACUGCGUCUGCAACGAAGAGGACUGUCGGAGAUGCGGAGUGUGACGAUGACACGGAGACGAGAAUGAAUGCAACAAAAAAGACUGUACAGCUGUUGCACCGCGAGGGCGCAAUGCAGUACAAUGUGCUGGCGGACUGUGAUGUGUGCCUGCAGCUGAGAGGUGGGUCCAGAGAUGGGCGGGGCGGGACAUUCGUCUUAAACAUUCCAGCGGCUAUUUCGCUCUCCCCACCCUCACAAGCAGAUAUACCAUCAGCAAAUGCUUCUUCUGCACUGCCAACCAGUUGCGCAUCUAAAUACCAUGCACAGGAGGUAUGCGGAGAAGAAGCACCCGAUGCAUCAAGCCGGGGUGGGGCCGCGUGGUCAGGCCACUGUUGCACAUCGAGUUGGAACGAUAAGACACCGAAUGGGGAUGAGGAGGCGGCUUACGACUCUUGUUUUGUGAAGAGCUCUAUCCAAAACAUGCCGCUGGCUCGAAAAGAAGUCUGUGCUACCAAUGAUGAUGAUGGAAAUGACGCGUACCACAAAAGUAUGGAUCCUGGCGACUUGUAUUCUGAAACCACUUUGUCGUAUGUUAUGCAUUUGCCGCCUAAAUUUGUGCUUGGCCUUCGGCUGCCAUCAGAGGUGGAGGGAGCCCUUGUGGCCCACUACGAAGGGGAGGUGUUGAUGUCUCUACCGCCGUCUCUAGAAUGGCUCUCAGCCUUUGUUUACACGGCAAAUUUGCGUUACCGGAUAUUUAAUUCAUCAUCCUCUUCCUCUUUGGUGCCUGUAACACCCGAAACGCCUCAAGGGCUGAUGGAGGAAUCUACUGCUGUGGCAGUGCUGGAGGGUAUUUGUAUUGCAUCCCUUAAUGUGGUGGCUCAAAUGGGACAGUUGCGCCGACACCGGGCCCGGUGGAAGUGCAGCGCUGACGCAACAUCAGCGGCGCAGAACGACUUGAUGUGCGACAGUGGCCUCUUUUCUCCGACAGAAGUGGAACGAGUGCGGAGGUGGCUGCAGCGCUACAUGCCCCCCGAGGUCUACAGUGGCGAUGAUAGCUGGCGUGUGUCUUGCCAGCAGCAAUGUAACUGCUUUUCGUGGCCUUCUGCUGUUGAGGUUGUGUUUCAUGUUGCAUUGGACCUGGCACAGGCUCUCUUUCCCUCUCUAGUGCUGGCGCUGGAGUCUGCAAUCCUCGUUGCGCUGCAGCCACUCCUUGAAGCACGCGGUGCUGAGACACUGGAUGCCUCUGCGCUUUUCGCCACCAACGCCACAUCCGCAGUCAACUCUUUCUCUUCUUGUUCGCUGCGGCUGCCAAAGAGACGUAAGCACGCUGUCAUGUUAUUGACACAAGUGCCAACAGAGUGGUACGGAUGGUGGCAACAGAAUUCUGCCCAUGAAGGUAGUAACAGUCACUGCUGCACUAGCGCUAUCGCCGCUUCAAGGAUCUACGCCGCUGUCCGGGUACUGCAGUGCUUUACACUCACUUACACUCAACACGUUACCGGCGCGGUCGAUUUUGCCAGUGACGGGGAGGAAGAGUGCGAGCUGGCACAUUUUCUUCUUUCUGCUCCAGCACUUUUCACAGAACUUUUACUUGACCGUGAGGUAACAAGUGUUCUCGAGCGCGCCGUAAAGGAGAUGGGUCUGUGCUCGCGCACCUUGAUGGAAGAAGAAGAGUAUGACGAGAAAGUUAUGCGGUCGCCUCCGCGGCUGAGUCAUGCUUUGGUGCGUUGUUUCUUUGUGCUGGUGUGUUGGCUGACUUUCCGCCCCACAGGGUACUCGCAGGCCGUGGCGCGGACAUUUUUUGGACAACUCCUACGCCUUGCUGCCUCAAAGCAGGAACAGCGGAUCCAGCAUCUGCGGGGGCGAGAUGAUGAAGAGCGGCUGCCGUUCCUUCUGGCUGCCUGCAGUUUCUCGUAUUUCUCAGUGGCCUCCACACUCCUUCGCAAGUUGCGUGAUCGGUGCGGGGCAGCUCGUCAUGUGGGCUAUCAUGAGAGCAGCUCACGAGUGAAUCCCUGGCGGCAGCUGCGCCACGGUUUGGCAGCAGGCGGUCUCCUUGUUUCCGAUGAUGACCGGACAACAAACACAUCAUGCAGCCGCCGCUCUGUGGGCCCCUUUCGGUCUACCGCCGUGGCGGCAGAGACAACUCUUGCCCAUCAGCUACCGGUUGUGUUGGACGCCACAGCAGUCAACGACGUCGCCACCGCAGCCGCCGCCACUGCUGCCGUUGAAAUGCCUGCUCAUUCGCUGCAAACCCUCCGCCACGUCAUUCGCAAAAUUCGCCCAGUGCUCCGCUUACUUGAAAAGGACGUGUUUGUGGGGCAAAGCGAGCCUGGUGAUGCUGCAGUUGCUAUUCUUGGCACCAAGCGGUGCCGUGAGCAAGAAGGAGCGAAAGAUGUUUCGAUGUUCUCUUUGGCGGGUCAAGGUCCGUGCUGGCCGAAGCUUUGUGUAUCGCCGUGUUACACCCGACCAGACAUCUUCACUUGGGAGUGGCACAUGGAGUGUAGCGAGUCCAGUGAUGAUGAUGCGACAGGCACCUCUCCCAGCAGUAGCUGCAGCGGCGGCAGUGUUGCCAGGCGAUAA